AUGAAAAGUGAAAAAUUAAGUCUUUUUAAAAAUAAGAGUAAAGUGACAAGAAACGAUUACAAAUCGAUAGAUUUUGAAAAUGGAAAAUCGACAACAACAACAAUAACGAAUUUUAAUGAGGGUAAUUACGAUGUUGACGACGACGUUUACGAAUACGUUAAUUUAAACGGGAUUUUUUUUUACGUGGAUUCUCGUGGAAAAAUAGCCAGUCGUACAACUCGAAGCCGGUAUGCUAUGACUCCAAAAAUGACGUCAGCAUCAAAUACCAAUGAUAUAUUUGUGCCUUAUAUGAAACCGGAAAAACUUCCAAAAUUGGAAUCGUUCAAAAGAGGAUUUUAUGAUCCCGAUACGAAAGCCAUUUUGGGAAGAACCAUAAAAGGAUGGGGUGGAAUCGUGACGUUUUAUUUAGUUUUUUUCUCGGCUUUGGCGGCACUUUUCGCCAUAUGUAUGUAUGCCGUUAUGUGCACAUUAAGUCCGGAUUAUCCCCGUUAUCAAUUGGACGAAUCCCUGAUAGGCACGAAUCCCGGUUUGGGAUACAGACCCUAUUCCGGAGACGUUGAAAAACACGGAUCACUUAUUUGGUAUGUUGCAGCUAACGAAACUAACGUGAUGCACUGGACGAACGUGUUAGAUGUCUUUUUACAGGAUUAUUUAGAAACGAGACAGCAUGGAAAUAAAGUCAUUUGCGAUUUUGACAGGCCUCCAGCCGAAGGAAAGGUUUGCACGGUUAAUGUCGAUGAUUUUGGACCUUGUUCAAAGGAAAAAGGUUAUUCUUAUAAUCAGUCAUCUCCUUGUAUUUUUAUUAAAUUGAAUAGAAUUUUUAAUUGGGUUCCAGAAUUUUAUAACGACACUGAUAAUUUACCGGAAGAAAUGGAUGAAGAAUUGAAAGAACACAUAAAAGAAAUUCCACCAUCUGAGCGUAACGUAGUCUGGAUAACGUGUUACGGUGAAAAUCCAGCGGAUAGAGAAAACAUUGGGGGAAUACAAUAUUAUCCGAAAAGAGGUUUUCCAGGUUUUUAUUAUCCGUUCACGAACACUCCAGGAUAUUUGAGUCCGUUGGUUGCCGUUCACUUUCAAAGGCCCGCACUUCACACUCUGAUAAACGUUGAAUGCAGAGCAUGGGCGAAAAAUAUUGAAUACAAAAGAGCUCAUCAGCAUCGGGAAGGAUCCGUUCAUUUCGAAUUACUCAUCGACUGA